AUCAUACAGUAUCUAGCCUUUUCAGACUGGCUUCUUUCACAAAGCAAAAUGAAGGCGGCGGCACCGAAGAGCAUCCCAGAAGCUGGUCGGGAGCUGGCAGAGCUGGUGGAACGGCUUGUAGACAUCGCCAGGAGCCUUCAGAAGCAGAGGCAGCUCCCAGAAUCUGGGCCGGAGAACAAACUGAACGUCCUGGGCAUGCUAGCGACUUCCAACAUAGCUGAGGACAAAAUGAGAGACAUUCUACAUGACCUAGAAGACAUCCGGAGGAAAUUGCAAGAAAACUUCACGGGGAAAGAGCCGCCUAAAGAACAAAGGCAGGUUAAACUCCCAGAAGGUCUGUCUUCUUCCUCAUGCCCACAGACUGACCAGAGCCUUCUUGCAUCCAGGUUUGUUCAAUGGGCUGUCAGUCCAACCUUUGACCCGAGGAGCCUGCCCGUUAGCCUGGAGUUGUCGGAGGACCGCAGGAAGGUGACUGUAACUCCCAUCCCACAGGUUUAUGACGGGAGUCACACCAGGUUUACAAUCUGCCAGGUCUUAUGCUCCCAAGCCUUCUCUUCUGGGCAGCAGUACUGGGAAGUGGACACUCAGCAGUGCAGUCACUGGGCGAUUGGCGUGGCUUCCUGGGGGAUGAGCCGCGACCAGAUGCUGGGAAGGACCAGGGACUCCUGGUGCGUGGAGUGGAAGGGAACCAGCCAGCUCUCGAUAUGGCACAUGGCCAAGGAAACUGUCCUCGGCUCAGAAAAACCUAGGGUGGUGGGCACCUGGCUGGACCUCGAGCGGGGGAAGCUUGCCUUCUAUUCAGUGGCUAAUCAGGAGAAACUUCUGGGCGAGUGCCCAGUCUCCGCCUCCUCGCCCCUGCACCCUGCCUUCUGGCUCUAUGGUGUACUUCCCGGAAACUCUCUGACUAUAAGGCCGGUAAAGGUAUAAAGGUUAAAACACCUUGGUUUCCUGUCCUCUCUCUCUGCCUUCAAGAAUCCCACUCCUGAAGUUAAGGGUUGUGUAGUGAAGGGUUAACUCUGCACUGUCCAAAGAAAGGCCCUGGAACGUAAUCUCUAAUCCUUUGGAAUAUCCUGCCUGAUAAGAGUGUCUUCGUUCACCUGGGGGCCUUCGGCCGGGAGGUGUCAUCAACUUGACCUUGGGAGAGGCUGGAGACGAAGGUCAGCCACCUGGUUGGUGAGGCCUGUCUACCUGACUGACCUCCACUGAAAGACCUGGAUGCCAAGGCCUGCGUGACUUUCCCUGGUUUGACAAUACUCCUUGCACAUUGUCACACAUCGUUGCUGAGAGAAUUAAGAAUUGUCCAUAUGACUCCACUGGGAGAGGAUAAUUGGUGUCUCCUGGCUGCUGCCCUAUGUGCCUUCUUUUUACGGCUGAUUUUAAUCUGUAUCUUUUCACUGUAUAAACUGUAUAACAGUUCUGCUGAGUUCUGACAAUCCUAGUGAA